CAUGCUCGGCCGCAGAGCACUGCGGGAAAGGGGCUGGGCCUGCGCGGCCUUCCCGUCCCGUCGAAGUUCCUGUGAGAAACCUCGCGUGGUAUCUGAAAACUGUUCCUCAAGAAGAAAACCAUUAGUUUGGAACUGGAGGAGUCCUUUACAUCAAGUACUCAAAUGAAAGAAUCACCAACAGAGGUUGAAUGUGACAAGGCAGCAGCACCACAGUUGCUGCCGCCUGACAAAAUUAAGACAGAACCUGACAAUGUUCAGGAGUAUUGUCAAGCCCAACAGUCUCAAACUAAGGAGAAUGAACAGAAAAUAAACACUACAUUUUCAGACAGUGCUUCACAGUCGACUACAGACACUCAGCCUUCUCUGGCAUCAUCUGGCAUGAACAAAAUGCUUCCUUCAGUUUCAACCACAGCUGUUCAGGUUUCCUGUUCUGGUUGUAAGAAAGUUCUCCAGAAGGGGCAGACUGCUUAUCAAAGAAAAGGGUCCACUCAGCUUUUCUGCUCCACACUGUGCAUCACUGAAUACAUUUCAUCUGCCAGUACACCAGCUCUUCCCAAGAGAACUUGUGCAAACUGCUCAAAAGACAUUUUAAACCUAAAGGAUGUGAUCAGUGUCCAGCUGGAAGAUACUGCCUCUAGCAAAAAUUUUUGCAGCCAGUCUUGUCUAAGAAAACUCUCUGUUAUGCUAUAUACUGACAGCGUUUCGACUAAAUGCAGCAUGUGUCAGAAGACUACUCUCAUUCAGUAUGAAAUAAAAUAUCAGAAUGUGAAACAGACUCUUUGCAGUAAUGCCUGCUUCUCGAAAUUUCACUCCGUUAACAACCUCAUCAUGAACUGUUGUGAGAACUGUGGGACUUACUGUUAUACUAGCUCUGACCUGUUCCAUAUACUUCAGAUGGAGGGACAGUUCCAUUACUUAAAUAGUUCAAAGAGUAUUUUGGCAUGUAAGCAGCAGAAACCAGCCAGAACGCUUACAUCUGGUCUUUGCAAAUCAUUGAAGCCCUCAGAUGAAAUGAUUGAGAUCACCAAUGACUUGGGGAAAACAGAGCUUUUCUGCUCUGUUAAUUGUUUCUCUGCUUACAGUAAAGCUAAGAUGGAAUCUUCUACAGUAAACAUUUCCAUGGUGCAUGAUACUUCAAUGGAGCUCCUUUCUCCAGAGAAGCAGUUUUCUCCAAAGAAAGAUACAACUCCAGUUAUUAGCAAUAUAGUGUCAUUGGCAGAUACUCCUGCUGACCCGCCCAUCAUGAACUCUGAUGUCUUACAAGGUACAGUUUCUUCAGAAAGAGGAAAUGUCCUAUCAGAUGUUUCUAAGAGUUUACCCAGCGAGUCAAGUAGUGGUGUUGCUAAUAGUAGUGUGGAACACCCAAGCCUUUUGCCAUCUUCAUCAGUACUCAGUCAGCAUACAAUUGGCUCCAGUAUAGAAGUACAAAAAGACCAACUGUCAAACCAAGAUGCUACACGCAAUAAGAAAUCUAUGAAAAUACGUGAUAGACUAUAUCACCCAAAAUUUACAUCUAAAGUACAGAAAGCUAAAGGUAAAUCAAAAAGUAUUAAAAAAUUUCAGUGUUCAAAUUUUCAGAAGAUAGAAACCAGUGUUAAAAAGGAUGUGACAUUCUGUUACUCAUGCCAGUUGUUCUGCCAAAAAAAACAUAGCUGUGGAGGACAGUCAUUUGCAACCCAAGGAAUUUCUAAUUGGAAAAAAACUCUGAAAAAUUUCAGAAAGCAUGAAAAAAGUAAAAUGCAUUUGAAGUCAUUGCAGUUUUGGAGGGAAUACCAGUUUUGUAAUGACACUGUUGAUGACAAUUCACCCAUUCAUUCAAAACAGAUGGAAGGAAAUAAAAAGUACCUAAAGCUUAUAAUUGAAAAUAUUUUAUUUCUUGGAAAGCAAUGUUUACCCUUAAGAGGAAAUGACCAGUCUAUUUCAUCUGCGAAUAAAGGCCAUUUUUUAGAACUGUUAGAAAUCAGAGCAAAAGAUAAAGGAGAAGAAAUAUUUAGACUUAUGAGUUCACAAGUUGACUUCUAUAAUAGUACGCAAAUACAAAAUGAUAUUAUUGAAAUAAUAAAGACUGAAAUGUUGCAUGAUAUUGUGAAUGAGAUCAAUGUCUCCUCAGCUUUUUCAUUAAUAUGUGAUGAGGCAACUUACAGUGCCACUAAAGAACAGCUUUCAAUUUGUAUAAGAUACCCACAAAAAACACCAAAGGCUAUCUUAAUUAAGGAGAGAUUCUUGGGUUUCAUAGAUGUUGAAGAGAGGACUGGUACCAGUUUACACAAGUCUAUCACAACUUACCUGCAGCAAAUUGGACUUGAUUUGAAUAAAAUACAAGGCCAGGCCUAUGAUAGUGCCAGUAAUUUGAGAAUAAUAUUCAAUGAAAGUGCAUCGGAAUUCAAGAAGGAAGAACCAAGAGCUUUAUAUGUACAUUGUUAUGCCCAUUUUUUGGAUUUAGCAGUAAUUAGGUUUUGUAAAGAAGUAAAAGAACUCCGAAGUGCUCUAAAUACUCUUGGUUCUUUGUUCAACACUAUUCAUAUGUCUGGGGAAAUGUCUGCAAAUUUUCAAAAGAUUUAUAAACUAAGUCAAAACAAACCUUGCAAGAAACAUAUAUCACAAUCAUGUUGGACAGUCCAUGAUCAUACAUUAUUAUCUGUGAUUGAGGGUCUUCCAGAGAUUAUCGAAACAUUGGAAGUUGUAUCAAGCCAUUCUUCCAACACAAGUUUGGCUGAUGAAUUGAGUGAUUUGUUGACACUGGUUUCCAAAUUUGAAUUUAUCUUUUGUUUGAAGUUUCUUUAUCGAGUAUUAAGUGUUAUAGGAAUUAUUUCCAAAGAGCUUCAAAGUGAAACCAUAAACAUUUUUUCUUUGUCUUCAAAAAUAGAAGCAAUUUUGGAAUGUUUAUCAUCUGAAAGAAAUGAUGUCUGUUUCAAAACUAUCUGGGAUGGAGCAGAAGAAAUAUGUCAAAAAAUAACCUGUAAAGGUUUUGAAGUUGAAAGACCUUCUUUUCAUAAAAGAAGAAAAAUUCAGAAAACAAUAGAUCUUGGCAAUUCAGACAGUGUGUUUUUUCCCACCUCAACAGAAGAACAAUAUAAAAUUAAUAUUUAUUACCAAGGAUUAGAUACUAUAUUACAGAAUUUAAAACUAUGUUUUUCAGAAUUUGACUAUUGCAAAGUAAAGCAAAUUUCAGAAUUGUUACUUAAGUGGAAUGAACCAUUAAAUGAAGCAACAGCCAGACAUGUCCAAGAAUUUUAUAAAUUUGAUGCAGACAUCAUCCCAGAACUUAGAUUUUAUCGGCAAUACGCAAAGCUCAACUUUGUCGUAGAUAAUGAUCAUAUCAGCUUCAUCAAUCUUGGCCAUUUGUUUAUUCAGCAUGGUCUUCAUAAUAAUAUUCCUUGCAUAUCAAAGCUAUUAUAUAUUGCUUUGUCUUGGCCGGUUACCUCAGCAAGUGUUGAAAACUCAUAUUCUAUACUGCCUCGUCUUAAAACAUAUUUAUGUCAUACCAUGGGACAAGAGAAGCUUAGUGGCUUGGCCCUAAUGGCUGUUGAGCAGGAAUUGGUAAAUAAACUGCUGGAGCCUGAAAGACUCAAUGGAAUCGUGGAAAAGUUUGUAUGUCAGAUAAAAGAAAUAUAGUACUUGCUAAUUUGAAUUUACCAGAAAGAAUUUUUUAUUUCUGUUGGAAUUGAACAGCUUUUAUUUCAGAUUUUUGUCUCUUAGCAUUUUUAUCUUCAACUUGCCUUUUUCACUUUACAUGGUAUUUUUGAGAUUGUCCCAUGUCAGUACAUGAAGAGUUUCUUGAUUCUUUUUUUUUUGUACAAUUGCAUAAGAUUUAACUGUAUGGAUGUACCAUAAUAUAUGGGAAUAGUCUCUACCAAACAGACAUUUAAAUUCUUUUUUGCUACUAUAAAUAAUGCUGCAUUUAAUAACUUUGCACGUAAGUCAGAUAGCACAUUAGUAAGAUAAAAUUUUAAGUUAGAAUUACCAGGUCUAAAGAUUUGUACAUUUUUGAUGGGCAUGCUGCUUUCUACCAGGAUUGUGCCAAUUUACAGUCCCACCAACAAUAUGUGAGAGUCAAGUAUUUUUAUCUUUACUGAUCUGUUAGUCAGAUAAUAGUAUUUUAAUCUCUGUGAAGAUUAAAUCUCAGUGGAAUUUUGCACUUUCACUUAAGGACGAGGUUGGGUGUCUGCUUGAGCCAUGUGUAACUCUUUACUGUGAAUUAUAACAUUUAAAUAUUAAAACCAAAUAUUGCUGUUUUUUUGUGUGAAAUAAUAGCUGGAUGACACAAUAGGAAUUCUAAACCUACUUUAUGAAAGUAUAACUUUUUCAGGUAACUCCAAAAGGACUCUUUAUCUACCUUUAUACUUUGUAAAAGUUAACAAAGGAAAUCUGUUCCUUAAAGAUCUGAAAGAAUUUAGUGGUAAAUAUAGCUGUGCCAGGUAUCUCUUUCCUUUUGGGGGAAAUAUUUCUCUGGCACUUUUCUCUUGCUGUUUCUUUCAUCAGUUUUUAUAAUCUAUAAUUUUUCUAAAAAGAGCAUCCAUUUCAUGGAGGAUUUCCUUUCAAAUGUAUUUGCUUAGAGUUGUAGAAAGUAUUCUCAAUUUCUUCUAUAUGCUAACACUCUUUAUUAAUCUUUCUCUACAUAUUUGCUUUCUUGAUUACAUAGACUAGUGAUUUUUCAUGCAUUCUUAGAUUUAUCAUUUCUACUUUAUUUUUUAAAUUAUGGUUGAUUUUAACAUACAAAUAUGAAGAACACAGGUAACAUUUAAUCCUAUUGAACCCUAACAUUUUUCCAUGCUCCCAGAUUUUAUUCCUGAAAUAUUAUAGAUCAAAUUAAAGCUCCCUUAAAAAUCUUUUCCUGAUAACAUUUCCUUUUUCUCUAGUGACAAUAAUUAUUUGGUGUUCAUCAUUCCAUGGAUGCAUAGUUUUAUACUUAGCAUACAGCCUUGUUUAUAAAUUUUACAUAAAACUGCAUAAGUUACAUUGCACAUAUCUUUCUGCAGUUUGCUUUUUUCACUCAAAAUGUUUUUUAAGACUUACAUGGAUUUUUUCAUUUAUUUUAACUGAAGAAUAAGCCAUUAUGAGUAUACAAGUUCAUCCUUUAUUUAAAUGGAUAAUAUUGUAUGGUUUACCACUUUCAUUAUAAUACUCCAAAGAUCAUUUUUAUAUGUGGUAUGCACUUGUACAUUCAACAAAUAUCUACUGAGACACUAUAUACCACACAUUAUUCAAGGUGCUGGAGUUCCAGCAAGGAAUAAAAUGAGAACCUGACUCCAAUGAAACUUAGCUUUUUAAUAUAGAAAUCUAAGACAGAUACUACAAGAGGUUGUUUACUAAUUAUUUUCAUGUAGAUAGAUGAUAAUACAGAAGAUAAUACUUGUAUGCUGUACUAGGCUAGGAUAAAAGAUGAGACUUUGGGAGCUGUGGCCAUUUAAGGCCUUACCCAGCCACCCAUCCCUGGCACACUAGCUCAGAAGAUCUGCUCUAGGGUGUUUCACUAAAAGAGGACUUGAUGAGUUGAGUCUGUACAUACCUUCCACUUUAAUUAGACAUUUUUUCAUUCCCACCAAUAAUAGCAGAGUGUCUUAUUCCAUAUCCUCGCCAUCAUCUAGCAGUGUCAUUUUACUCUUUCUAAAAAAUUCAUUGACUUCAACUUUUUUUUUUUUUUUUUUUAAACCAUGUAGAAAACAGUUAACCUUCCCUGGCCAAGUAGCUCAAUUGGUUAGAGUGCUGUCCUGAUAUGCUAAGUUGAGGGUUCCACCCCCAGUCAAGACGUGAACAAAACAACCAAUGAAUGCAUAAAUAAGUGGAACAAGUUGAUGUUUCUCUCUUCCUUCCUCUAAUAAGUUUUUUAAAAAGCAAUUCUCUCUACUUUUGAAUGCUUACUGCAUAUAUUUUCAUUAUUUUCUGUAGCAUUAUGAAUACUUAACACAGAACUUUUCUCUGAAGUCUUUGUCUACCAUGUAUUUUCCAUUUUCAUCAUUCUAGCUAUUUGCAGUUGUAGUUUCUACCUUGUCAUGGAAGCAAGAGUUAAUUUCAAGAAGCUAGGUUUUAAAAAAUUUUUUCAAAAACAAUUUUUAUAGUCAAUAAGCCGGUAAUGCAAGACCUAGACCUGAAAAAGGAAACAAAAAUAAAACAGCCCUACCUCCUAUGUAGGCUAGUACUUUUCUCUGUGUGUAAUGGUAUUUCAUUUACUUCUCACAACCACCUAUUACUUUAUAGAGGAAACAAAGACAGAUAUUACAGAUCACAAUUUGUAAUGGUGAAGAUAGGAUCUGUAUAUGCAGGCAGUAAUCCCAAAGCCCAUUCUCUCAGUCACUCUGCUCUCCUACCUUUUAUACAGACUUAACCACAGAUCUUCCUAAUUAUGAGAUUAACUACCAUUAGAUGCACUACCAUUAGUGCAUUAAAGAAUCAAUAUGGCAGAAGUAAAAGUGUAGUUUUUCAAACACUAAACCCCAGGCUCAGCAUUUACAACAAAUUUUGGUGACAAAGUAACCAGUGGUCCCAAAAUAAGAUUAGGUAGUGACAAACUCAAAAGCAGGUACAAGACCUGAAUGACAUUGGUUAUCUGUAUAGGUCAUGGAGGGAAAGCAACGAGAUGCCUGAUGGCCUUCAGAAUAGAUCU